AUGGUGGCCAUGUUUACUCGUAUCUUGCUCGUCUCCAGCCUCCUUGGCGGCGCGGCAGCCUUUUCGAUGCCUGCAGUGAGCACCACUAGCCGGUCUGCCACAGCUCUUUUCUCUGGGACCGGUAGCCAGAAGGAGGAACCCUCCAACACUCCAUCCCGUCGGUCCUUUUUGUCAUUGGGAGGAGUUUCUGCCGUUUCGAUCUUGACAGGGGCUGCUGCUGCUGCCAAUGCGGUGCAAGAAACUGAAACCCGACAAGGAAUUCCUGUAACAGCCUUCAAUGGACUCAUCUUCAACUAUCGCAACAGCCAAUUUGGUGGCCUGGACGCGGAUGACUUGGAUGAACCUUCCGUAUCCUAUGCAGAAUUUUGCGAAAAGCUGCAAAAGGGAGAGGUUCAAUUUGUGGAAUUCUUGGCACCCGAUGGAGAUAAAGCCUACGCGACCUUCAAACCAACCAGUGAAGGCGGAGAAACCCCAGCACCAAUCCGUAUCGGAGAAGGUUAUCCCCUGGAACAACAUGAUGGAUGGAGCAGCCCUGCCUUUGCUGUUCGCACGGUCAAGAAUGCUGGAGUUCCAUACAAGUUUACGGUCCCUGGAUUGGCCAAGUUUUCCGCAGCCAACAGCAAAAGCUGA